AGGAUAAAGAUCAGAUAGUGGCUCAUCCCCCCAGACACCCAAACCUACACCCCCCACCGCAUGACAGGAUACUAUCAUUUAACUCAGAGAAAGGUGUAUAUAAGUCUCACACACUUCAAACACACACUGGGUUUUCCAUGCUUGGAUUAAAGGACAAACAUGAAGAAAUGUGCCACUCCAAUGGUUGUGUUGCUCGCCUUAUUAGUUGCUUUACAACCUUCAACUCAAACAGACACCAGCUCGUUCCUCAUCUACAACGCGGACCACAACAGAUGCGUGACCGCCGUGAGCUCCACUGCCGUACAGGUGGCCGAGUGCGACGUGUCGUCCGAGGCUCAGCGCUUCCGGUGGAUUUCCUCUUCUCGGAUUAUCAGCCUCUCCUUCAAACUCUGCUUGGGGACUCAGGACGUUAAAGACUGGGUCAAGAUUCUGCUUCUGCCCUGUAAAGAGCUCAGUCCCCUGCAGGUGUGGGAGUGUAAGAACGAGACCUUGUUUGGCCUGAAGGGGCAGCCGCUGCACCUCAACUACGGCAACCGCAACGAGAAGAGCGUAAUGCUGUACAAGGGAUCAGGCUCUUGGAGUCACUGGCAGGUUUAUGGGACCAAGGAAGAUCUGUGCUCUCGUGGAUAUAAAGAGACAUAUACACUAUCUGGCAAUUCGUUUGGGAAACCGUGCCAGUUCCCGUUUAAAUUUGGAGAGAAGUGGUACGCGGAGUGUACGGUGGAGGGCCGGUCGGACGGACAGCUGUGGUGCGCCACCGAGGCCGACUACGGCAUCGACAAGAAGUGGGGCUUGUGUCCAACCUCAUCCAGCUCCGGGUGGGACAGUGACCCGGUGACAGGUGUGUUGUAUCAGAGGAACACACAGUCGGUUCUGACCUGGCAUCAGGCGAGAGCGAGCUGUCAGCAGCAAGGGGCCGAUCUCCUGAGCAUAGCAGAACUGCACGAGCAGAGCUACAUAUCAGGUCUGAUGAAUGUCAUUGGCUCCACACUGUGGAUUGGACUGAACAGUCUUGACUUUGACAGUGGCUGGCAGUGGAGUAAUGGACAGCCAUUCAGAUAUCUGAACUGGGCUCCUGGGCACCCGUCUCUGGAACCGGGCCUGAACUGUGCCGCAUUGAAUGCUGGGAAAGCAUCAAAGUGGGAGAGUAUGGCCUGCAGUAUGAAACUGGGCUACAUCUGCAGCAAAGGCAAUUCCACAGACCACACACCUCCACCAGGCAAAGACCAGCCUAACUUCUGUCCGUCUGUGGCGUGGGUGCCGUACGCCGGCCAUUGCUAUCGUCUGCAGCGCAGCAAGAAGACCUGGAGCGACGCGCUAGCGGACUGUCACAGGGACGGCGCAGACUUAGCCAGCGUUCACAACAUCGAGGAGCACAGCUUCAUUAUAUCUCAGACUGGCUACUUGCCGACCGAUGAGCUGUGGAUUGGACUCAACGAUCAGAAGGUCCAGAACCUGUUUGAGUGGUCGGACAGGACACAAGUCACCUUCACCAAGUGGAUAGUUGGAGAACCGUCACACCUCAUGAAUCGCAUGGAGGAUUGUGUUCUAAUCAAAGGAAAGGAGGGCCGAUGGGCAGAUCACAUGUGUGAGACGGAGCUCGGAUACGUCUGCAAGAAGAAGUCCACCAGCAAACCCGCUGGAGCCGUGGAGGUCGCCAGUCCCGGGUGCCAAGCCGGAUGGGUUCGCUACAGAUCUCACUGCUAUCUCAUCGCCACGGAGAGCAAGGCUUUCCCUGAGGCCAGACUGCAGUGCGAGCGGACGGGGGCUCGGCUGGUGGACGUCUCCGACAGAUACGAGAACGCUUUUCUCAUCAGCCUGGUCGGUCUCAGUCCGGAGAAGUAUUUCUGGAUUGGCUUGUGUAACACCAAACGCCUGGAGCUCUUCCAGUGGAGUAACGGAGAUAAGGUCAAAUUCACACACUUUAACGUGGGCAUGCCAGAAAGGCACCAGGGUUGUGUUGCCAUGCUGACAGGAACGUCCGCGGGAUUAUGGGAUGUUCUGGACAUUAACAGUAAACAGAAGUUCAUCUGUAAAAUGAUGGCGGAGGGCGUUACAACUACACGAGCGCCACCGAUAACACAACCUCUCGCCUGUCCGUGGAGCUGGAAUAAGAAAGAUCCAGGCAGUUGCAUUCAGGUAUUCCAGAAGCCGGAGGAUGAGAAAAAGACUUGGUCGGACGCUCGCAGUUUCUGUCAAGCUAUCGGUGGUGACUUGGCGAGCUUUCACUCUAUACUAGAACUCAACAAAUUAUUGUUUUCGACCUCAGCCCCGGCGUGGAUAGGCUUCAGUAUGCUGAACACUGGCUCUGGGUUUGAGUGGUCGGAUGGGACUCCUUCUGAUUUUGAGAACUGGGGGUAUGGAGAACCCAACAACUACAACAACCAGGAGCACUGUGCCGAGACUGGCCCUAACUUCCGGCGCUGGUGGAACGAUGCGGACUGCGAUUCCUUUAAAAACUGGGUUUGCCAGAUACCAAUAGGCACAACUCCAAAACCUCCACCAACUUCUGCAAGCCAAGUGGAAUAUAACGUGACAUCUGAUGGCUGGAUCCAGUGCAACGGGAGUCAGUACUUCAUUAACGAGGAGCUCCUGCCCAUGGAAGAGGCGCGCUCCUUCUGCAAGAGGAAUCACGCCGAUCUGGUUGUCAUUACUGGUCAACCGGAGAGGAAGUUUUUAUGGAAGCAGAUAUCCAGGAAGUCAGAGAAUCAAUACUUCAUCGGGAUGAGGGUGGAGUUGGACAAAUCAUUUAGCUGGAUGGACGGUUCACCCGUUGUAUAUACAGCAUGGGAUCAAAAUGAACCUAAUUUUGCCAAUAAUGAUGAGAACUGUGUGUCCAUUUACAAGAGUAUGGGAUUCUGGAAUGAUAUCAACUGUGGUGUGCCGUUGCCCUCCAUCUGUAAGAGAAGUUCGGACUUUGUCAACACCACCAUGUUGCCCUCCACUGUGCCACCAGGAGGCUGUACUCCGGAAUGGACCAUGUUUCAGGGCAGAUGUUACAAGUAUUUUAAUGCUAAGAUGACGUGGCAUAAAUCUCGGGACCACUGCAUUUUACAUGGAGGCAAUCUGGUGUCCAUUCGGCGUCAUGAAGAGCAAGCAUUCCUUACUACUCUAAUGCUGGCUUCUGAUGAUGACGUAUGGAUUGGCUUUAAUGAUGUCAAUUGGGAGAUGAGGUUUUUGUGGACUGAUGGCAACGGUGUCAGCUACACGAACUGGGCCAAGGGUCAACCUUCAUCGCUCCCAGAUGGCUCUUCCAGGAUGUAUGGCUACUUUGAUUCACAGAACUAUGACUGUGUCGUCAUGGUUAGAAACCCAGGAAAGAUGACGGGUGCGUGGAAAGUCGAACUCUGCUCAGAUGAGAGAGGGUUCAUCUGCAAGAGGACAACAGACUCUCAGCUGCCUCGUCCUGUGACCACAGUAAUGCCACAACAUUUUUUCACAAUGGGAAAUGAUUCAUAUAAGGUGCAGAUGAUGAAAAUGAGCUGGGAUGAAGCAAGGAGACAGUGUAAAGCGGAUGAUGCGGACCUGGCCAGUGUGCUCGACUCCAUCAGCCAGGCGUACACCGUCCUCAGAGUCAGCAAACUCAAGGAGCCUUUGUGGAUCGGCCUCAACAGCAACCUGACUAGUGGCCGUUACCGCUGGGUGGACAACUGGCUUCUUAGAUACAGCAAAUGGGCAUCAGGAGAGCCCAAAAACAAUUUAGCGUGUGUAUAUAUUGAUACGGAUGGCGACUGGAAAACGGCUUCAUGCGACAACACAUAUUAUUCCCUGUGCAAGCGAUCCCCAGACAUCGCUCCCACAGACCCGCCUCAGAUGCCGGGGAACUGCCCUGAGUCAAAGAAGCGCAAAACCUGGAUCCCUUUCAGAGGACACUGCUACGCCUUCAUGACCUCCAUGUCGGACAACUGGGCUCAUGCCACCGUGGAGUGCUUGAGAAUAGGGGCAUCGUUGGUGAGUAUCGAGGACUCAGUCGAAUCCCAGUUUAUCGUUCAGAACGUGGAGAUCCUGCAGGAUGGAAUCAAAUCUUUCUGGAUCGGCAUGCACCGCAGUCAUUCGGGUGAAUGGAUGUGGAUUGAUAACACGGUGGUGGAUUACACGAACUGGAAGCCCCGGAUGCCCAAUGACAUUGGCCAGUGUGUGGAAGUGCAGUCGAGCACUGGGAUGUGGAGCACGGCUCACUGCAACUCUUACAGGCCUUAUAUCUGCAAGACUCCAAAAGUUAUACCACCAACAGAGAAACCAGCGAUACCAGUCGCUGUGGUGGAAGAGGCUCCUCACGGCUCCGCGGGGAUCGCCGUCGGGGUCGUGUUGGUCAUACUCGCCGUCGCAGGACUCGCCACAUUCCUGUUCGUCAGGAGGAGCCCGAGGCCGGUGUUCGGAGAGUGUACGUUUGACAACAGCCUCUACUUCAACUCGGACCCCACUCGGCCUCCCGCCACUAUCGACACAAAGGGACUUGUUGCCAACAUCGAACAGAAUGAGCAAGCCUAACACACACACACACACACACACACACACACUUGAGGUUGCGUUAACCGAAACGCAACUUAAUUGACAUACAUUUUUUUUAGCAGUGACGUAAAAAUCUGAAAGCCGUCUGUCAUUUUGAAAGAUUGCAUUGAGAGGGAUGUGUUGUAAGUGUAAUUCUCACUCUUGUCCACUUGGUGGCGAGCGCCUCUUGCGCACUAUAAAGUUAAUGUUCAAUGGAAUGGUUUUAUAAAGGACUGUCUACACGACAACAUUUUCAACUAAAAACGUAAAACUUUUUAUGCGUUUCGGCCGUUCGUUUACACGAAAACUGCGUUUUGGCCGCCUGAAAACAAACUUUUGAAAACUGGUUUCGAUUUUUGAAAGCGCUCUCAGUUUAAACGACUAAAACGCGAAUCUCUGAAGAUGAUGACGUCAUGCACAUGCGUAUUUCGUGUUCACUCUAUAGUGUUUCAUCGCCAUCUUCUGGCUUAGCAGCAGAAUACAGCGUUUUUAGUCGUUUUAGGUGUCGUCUGUAUGCGGAAAACUCUGUUUUGAGCAUAUCGUUGUGGUGUAAACGUACCCUGAGUUAUGAAUACAAUACUUUUUGUGGUUGAACACGGAGUGAGCGAUUACAUGAGACGUGAUAUGGACUUCGGUAAGCUGGACUGUAUCUUUCAACAUUUUUUUUUUGAUGUUCAUUCAUUAUUUCAUUGUGUAAUGCUGUAAUGGUGAAGGAAUUGAUCGCGUUUACUCACGCUGUGCUUCACUUAAACUCUCGAACCACGUUAAAGAGCGCCAAAACGGUAUUUAUUGUUUGAAUUUUGUGAUAAAAUAGACAGGAUAUGAAAUCUGAAACUUUGUUUCAUAUCAAAAAUAACAAAGCUUAUUGUGAUUUAUUGGACAAACAUUCAUGAUGAAACCAGAAAAGUGACGCACAGUCUCUGUUCAACUUUCUCUUCAUGAAUAAAUAGAUGCGUAAUCUGGCCUAUAUGCCCCUCCUGAAUGUUUGUGAAUAAAAAUUAAAAUGUGAACAAAAACGAUGAAAUGGCUUAUUAUCAUUAAAAUGUGAUUAUUAAAAUCACAUUACAUUAAAAUGUCAGGAAUUAAUAGAUUAUGAUGGAUUUUUUACAACCCAAUGCGAAGUAAGUCUAACGCAACCUCUGACACACACACACACACACACACACACACACACACACUGAUCUGGAUCUCACAUUUCUUAGAGCACUUUCUUUUGGAUCUUUUGGAAACUCUGAGUCCCGUUGCUUCACUCUACAACCUAUUGCAAAUGCUUUCGUGAAAGUUUAUCUAUUAAAUGUAAUCUAAAAAUCAUUAAAUAUCAGUAAAUAUAAA